CCGAAUAUAACUGCACUCUUGAUUGCUCCACUGCCUUAAAUUCCUAAAACCCUUUCACAAACUCACUCGCAUAAACUACAGGAGCUGUCAAAUUCCUCCGGGGCUACAAUGGCGCCUCCUCCUGGACCCUAUUCCGGCACCAGCACCCUCGCUUUGGUGGCUCGGGUAUCUGCCUUUUCGUUGGGGCUCAUCUACGGAAACAUGAAACUCAAAAUUCUUAGGGCAAAGGCCAAGUCUCACAAGAAAGCUGAAGUCAAAGGACACCACUGAAGGAGUGCGAUGUUGUGUUUUGGCCCUCUGGUGAAAAUAAUCAAUGACAAAAAAAAAAAUAAUAAUAAAUAAAUAAAAAAUAAAAAAAUAAAUUGUGUUCUAUGCAGCUACUCGUAAAUAUUCCCUUUUCUUGAGAAUGCUUUCAUGGUUCAGGCUUUGAUGACUCCGGUGUUGGUUCAGUUAGUUCCCAUACUCUAUUGAAAUAUUAUCAAUACACACUGUUUUUAAGCAUCAGGAUUUGGCCCAUCAAUCUUUAAAAAAACCAAGAAAAUAUUGUCUUUUUGUCUUUUCUAUUUGGGCAACCCAAGAUUAUAUAGUUAUGUUUCAGUUGUGAGGGACUCUAAUUCCAAGUACAGUACAUAUGAUUUUGUCAAACUAAAAAUAUGUUUUGCUAGAUGGAAUCAAUUGUGGAUGGGAAAAGAGAAGUGGAGAAAUUAAGGGAUGUUAUACUUUCUCUGGACUUUGAUUAGUUUAUUCAGUGAUGCUGUCAAAGCUCGAUCCGAAUCACGAACAGAGUUUCUUUAUAAAUGAAACUAUAAACUGAAUUGAUGUAAGCAUACCUCAAUAGUAAACAUAGUUUAUGUAUUUAUAGUGUUUUAUGCAAGGCCGUAUAUGAUCUGAUCUAGGACCCUUAGCAUGGUUAAGAGUCCAACUGGUAGUACAAUUUGAAGGUUGUAAGGGGCAACCGUAUCCUUGAUCGAGUCAUACUAAGAUCUUUUGAUAAUAGAGGUCUAAUGGGAUUGUGCUGUGCUUGGCCUUGGGCUCAUGCCUUCAGAUGGAACAAUUUUGAGGUUGGUUCCUAACCCGUGUUUCGGUUGGUCCCUAGCCCGUGUUUCGGUUGGUCAUUGCUUGGGCUUCACGACCAAUGUAAUGGACGAAGCUUUUUGAAGAGAUCGAGGUCGAGGAACUUUAGAGUCUCUGUCUGAAGAAAGUUGUAUGUUCGGUGCUGUUACGAAUGAAAGACAGCCUCCCAAGAUUGAGUUUAUUUGUUAGUAACAUGGAAAAUUGAUCAA